AUGCUCAUCAACGAGGAUCUUCAGCUAGCCGAUCCCCAUUAUUUAAGGCCUGGACCAAUCGACAUCAUACUAGGGGCUGACAACUAUGGGCGGAUCAUCAUGGAUGAAGUUGUCAAGUCAGAGCAAUCGAGAGUAGUUGGCCAACGCAUAGUGUUCGGUUGGAUACUAUCCGGACCAAUCGAAUGCACAAAUUGUUCAAUAAAGGUAUCUCUAUCAGCUGUACGAGAAUCUUCGAAUGAACAACUUCUAGAGCUUCUCCAGAAAUUUUGGGUCCAGGAAGAACUGCCAAACGAGAGAUCAUUAACAUCAGAGCUUUCACCAAAUGAGUACGAGUGCGAGAUGCACUUUAGAGCAACUCAUAGCAGAGACAACACCGGGCGAUACAUCGUGAGACUGCCCUUCAAAACUUCAGCAGCAGCGCUCGGAGAAUCGAAAUUCAAAGCAGCACGUCAACUCAAAUCGAUCGUGAGUCGACUCAACACAGAUCAAGCAUACUCCCAGUUGUACAGAGAGUUCAUCAACGAGUACGCAGCACUGGGGCACAUGAGAAUAGCACCAGAGACUCCAGAACCCGUGCCAGCUUACUAUCUACCACAUCACGGGGUACUGAGAGAGGAGGCCAUCACAACGAAGCUGAGAGUCGUAUUCAAUGGCUCCAGCCCCAGUUCAUCAGGUAUGUCAAUUAACGAUAUACUGUAUUCUGGUGAAAAAUUACAGAACGAUGCAAUGGUUAUCCUGACUUGGAUGAGGAGGCACAGGCUCGUGUUUGGCACGGAUAUUGUCAAGAUGUUCCGCCAGAUACGAGUUCAGCAAGAUGACUGGGAUCUUCAGAGAAUCCUGUGGAUCGAUGAGACUCAACAACCAGUCACCAACCAGUUAACGACAGUCACCUAUGGACUAAAUUGUUCUCCAUGGUUGUCGUUACGUGUUCUUCAACAACUAGCAGAAGAUGAAGGGCACCGCUUCCCAGCAGCAGUAGAGACACUCACCAGAGGUCGUUACGUUGACGACAUUUACGGCGGUGCAGAAACAGAAGACGGUCUCAAGGAGAUCGCAACGCAACUACAAGGGCUUUGCCAUGCAGGAGGCUUCUCUCUACAGAAGUGGAGCAGCAAUUGUCCAGAGGCUCUGCAUGAGUUGGGCCUAUCAACUGACGAAGAAAUUAUCCAGUUCGAGGAGUCAGUCACCAAGGUACUUGGAUUGUGUUGGCAUCAAUCCACCGACACAUUCCGGUACAAAUCAAAGAAUUUCAAUACGACGUUAAUCAUCAAGAGAGUAGUCUCUUCAGAAAUAGCCCAGAUUUUUGAUCCACUGGGAUUUAUCGCACCAGUUGUCGUCCAGGGAAAGAUUCUCCUACAAGAUCUUUGGAGAUUGAAACUAAAAUGGGAUGAUCCUCUUCCAGAUGAGUAUGUUCAACGCUGGAAGACAUUCCGAGAGAAUCUCAACGACCUAGACAGAGUAACUGUACCUAGAUGGCUGAGAAUUUCAACAAAGACACUCAACAUCUAA